AUGUACAAGCUGGACCCGGACGACUUCAAGACUGAGUACAGUGUCGAGAAGCUAGUGAAGUACCUGAAGGAGUCUCCUCUGAACCGCCAGCCCCUACCGGAUGCAGGAAACAAGAUCGGCGGCUACUACAGGAGACUCAACCGGCGGCCUAAUGAGGCCCUGCCAGCAUUCCUCAUCCGGGAGGAUAAGACGCACGAUGACAUGCUGCGGGCCCUACAACGACUUCUUCGUGAACGAGAACUCAGCUUCGAGGACUAUGACACGUCCCAGGAGGAGCUGAAGAAGUUCUGUGGAAUGAAGGAAGGCGAGUCGGUCUACUUCGGACCGCCAGAAGGCACCGAUGCAGAAGAAGAAGAAGCAGAGGCCGCCGAGGAAGAGGAGUUCGGCUAUGACGAUGAUGAAGGCCGAGCCUCAUGGCUUUCCUCCGGGGCAUCGAGAACUUCACGAACCUCCCGGACCACGACAGGAGGCAAGGGCAGCACAAAGACAAAGCCUCCAAGGGGCAAGGAUCUCUUGGAGAGGUUGAUGGAGAAGGGGCUGAUGCCUUUGUCGGCCCUGGACGUGAUCCGUGGUUGGAUGAUACUGGAGAUGAGUACCUCGACGGAGGAGGAGAGAAGGAUCGUGAAGGCGGCCACCAGAAACCGGCUGGGCUACCAAGAGGUGAAGCAGGCCCUCCUGGCAAUGUACGAGGACCGUGGCAAAGGCGGAGGGCGACCCUUUGCGGCUGGAAAGUCGGCCAUGUGGGGAGAAAUGGAGACAGAGGCCGACGCGGCCUAUGCCGGAGCCGGUAUGACUGGAGUGGAAGCAAUGGCCAUCCAGAAGGGCAUCCGCGACGAUGGCCGAUGCUACUUCACAUGGGUCCCUUCGGACCUCAACCUGGCAGAUUGCCUUACGAAGGCCACUGCCGAGGCUUUCAAAGUGGCAGCCCUCUACCACGAGCGGAAGGCCUGGGUUGUCAGAUUCAACGAGGAGUUCGUCAGUGCCCGGAAGCAACAGCGCCUACGAAAGACGAAGCAGGACCUCGAGGCCAAGCUCAUAACUGCUCGAGUUUGGCCGGCAGACGACUUCGAAGAUGAUGUCAGCGGCAUGACUUGUACAGUG